GAAAAAAAGUACUGACAAGGCAGUCCACUUUCAGUAAUCUGGGUUUUCCCAGAUAGUGACAUAAGACAAAAGAGCCAGUCAUUUUGAGCUGGACAGUUUUGAGUUCCUCUUCAAGAAUCUGAAAUGUAGGUCAGGGCUUUGCUGACAUUUCCAUUUGCCUCGUGGCUGAAAAUCUGAAGUGAUCAUUGACAGGCAAGCAGUGAGGGAAGAAGACGUGGCACCGGCGACAAGGGCAGCAGCCUGGCUCAGAGGUGGAAUGAUGCACUUCAAACAGGUUGGAAGAGGGCGACAAAGAGCUUUUUCCUGCUUUGAGACAUGAAUCAGGUCACAAUUCAAUGGGAUGUGGCCAUAGCACUUUACAUAUUCUUCAACUGGUGUCAUGGAGGAAUUACAAAUAUAAACUGCUCUGGCCGCAUCUGGGUAGAACCAGCCACAAUUUUUAAGAUGGGUAUGAAUAUCUCUAUAUAUUGCCAAGCAGCAAUUAAGAACUGCCAACCAAGGAGACUUUAUUUUUAUAAAAAUGGCAUCAAAGAAAGAUUUCAAAUCACAAGAAUUAAUAAAACUACAGCUCGCCUUUGGUAUAGCAACUUUCUUGAACCGCAAGCCUUUAUGUACUGCACUGCAGACUGUCCUGAAUAUUUUCAAGAGACACUGAUAUGUGGAAAAGACAUUUCUUCUGGAUAUCCACCAGAUGUCCCCGACAAUGUAACCUGUGUCAUUUACGAAUAUUCAGGCAACAUGACUUGCACCUGGAAUACUGGGAAGCCCACCUACCUGGACACAAAGUACGUGGUGUAUGUGAAGAGUUUAGAGACAGAAGAAGAACAACAAUAUCUCACUUCAAGUUAUAUUAACAUCUCCACUGAUUCACUGCAAGGUGGCAAGAAGUAUUUGGUUUGGGUCCAAGCUGCAAAUGUACUGGGCGUGGAGAAGUCGAAACCACUGCAAAUUCACCUGGAUGAUAUAGUGAUACCUUCUGCAUCCAUCAUUUCCAGGGCUGAGGAUAUAAAUACCACAGUGCCCAAGACUGUAAUUCACUGGAAUAGUCAAACAUCAAUUGAAAAGGUUUCCUGUGAAAUGAGAUACAAGGCUACAACAAACCACACUUGGAACGUUAAAGAAUUCGACACCAAUUUUACAUAUGUGCAACAGUCAGAAUUCUACCUGCAGCCAAAUACUAAGUAUAUAUUUCAAGUGAGAUGUCAAGAAACAGGUAAAAGAUACUGGCAGCCCUGGAGUUCAUCCUUUUUUCAUAAAACUCCUGAAACAGUCCCCCAGGUCACACUGAAAUCAUUCCAACCUGAUACUCAGAAUUCUGGGCUUUUAAUUGCUUCCAUCUUUAAAGGACGCCUUACUUCUGACAACAGGCAACAAGACACUGGACUUUUAUCAGGAAUGGUCUUCUUUGCCAUUAUGUUGUCAAUUCUUUCUUUGAUUGGGAUUUUUAACCGAUCGCUCCGAACUGGAAUUAAAAGAAGAAUCUUACUGCUAAUACCAAAGUGGCUUUAUGAAGAUAUUCCUAAUAUGGAAAACAGUAAUGUUGUGAAAAUGCUACAGGAAAAAAGUGAAUUUAUGAAUAAUAAUUUCAGCGAACAGGUCUUAUAUGUCGAUCCAAUGAUUACAGAGAUAGAAAUUUUUCUCCCAGAAGAAAAACCCAUGGACUACAGGAAGGAAAAGAAUACAGGCUCCCUGGAGACAAGAGACAGCCUGCAGAAGUCAUUACUCACUGACACUACAGUUGUGUAUAUUCCUGACCCCAACACUGGGUACAAACCCCAGAUUUCAAAUUUUCUCACUGAGGAAAGCCAUCUCAGCAUGAAUGAUGAAACAGCUCCCUCAACUCUUAGACCACCAGCUGAUUCCUUAGACCUGGGAAGGAAUGCCAGGUUUAAAAACUAUCCUAAUUUUGCUUUUUCUAUGUCAAGUAUGAAUUCACUAAGCAACACACUAUUUCUUGAAGAAUUAAGCCUCAUUUUAAACCAAGGAGAAUGCAAUCCUCCGGACACGCAAAACUCAAUAGAGGGGGAAACCGCCGUGCCUUUGGAAAAUGCUUCACCAAAUGAAACUGUUCCAGAGCAGACCCUGCUGCCCGAUGAAUUCGUCUCCUGUUUGGGGAUCAUGAACGAGGAGUUGCCAACUAUUAAUUCUUAUUUUCCACAAAGUAUUUUGGAAAGCCACUUCGAAAGGAUUUCACUCUUAGAAAAGUAGAGUUGUAUUGCAGUGAAAAUUCAUGUGGAAGAGUUGCCUUGCAAUCUGAAGUUGGAUCUCCACCUUACAAAUUUAAUUCUGACCUUUUUUUUUAGAGAAUUAAGAUCCAAAGAUGGAACAUACAUCAUGGUCACAAAAACAGCAGCAAUAUUAGGGACAACCCCUAUGUUUAAAAAAAAUCAACUAUAUCUUUUUCUCUUUUUUUUUAAACAUUUUUUAUUGAUUUAUAAUCAUUUUAUAAUGUGUCAAAUUCUAGUGUUCAGCACAA